AUGUCAGCUCAGCAUAAUGACAGCGGACCUCCAAUCUCUCCUGCAUACUUGAGAACGAUGCCCAAGUUCAUCCGAGAAGCCUCUCCUUUGGCAAGUGCAGGCGUCCGGUUCAAUUCAGCGUUCCCACCGUUGACAACAGAUAAAAGAUAUCGUGGCGUUUAUGAGAGAGCAGGAUUUGAUGUGUUGGUGCCACGAAAUUCCUCUAAUCAAUCGUUGAAUCAAGCCGGUAAGAGCUCUAGAUCGCGUUCCUUAAGCGCUACUGAUUCCAAGCCCCGACAGAGGAGCCAUUUGUCACAGCCAACAGAGCCCAGAAAUUUCACUUCUCCAGGUUUAGUAACUAAUAGUGAUACCCAGUUGAAUUACUUGCCACGAGCCGAUCGAACGAUUGAUUAUACAAAAACUGCCAAUCCAAAGAAACUACAGCUAGAUAUAGACAGGCUGAGAACAUAUGAUUCAGAUGAUACGUCUCAUCCUCUUUCUGCUCCUGCCUUCACCAACCAAUCCCUUGAUUUCAACUUUGGUAACUCUGCACUAAGCACCCCAUCUACUGCAUCUAACAAAAAUUCAAGGUUUACAUCAGUGGGUAGCUCCAUAGUACAGGCAGACGGAGCAAACAAGAAAGACCAAGUUGAUAAUCGUGUUGAAGAAAGAACGAGUUCUAUAGAUCAUCAUGAAAAUGAGAAAGACUCAUCAGACUCGGAGUAUCAUAAUGCGGUGGAAGAUCUUGAGGGCUACGAUUCGUUGGACGAAUUUGAUUCUAAGUUCGUAGAUAAAAGCACAGACCCUGAUCGAGAAGUAAAAGAAGAGAUCGCACGAUACGAAAGUCACGAUAGCAGUGAGCACGAUCAGUUGACUCACUUACACCAAAUGAAUCAUGAAUUCCGCAAAUCCCUUCCCAUAGAUAUGGCUGAAAAUGAGCUGCCGUCUUUUCUUUUAAACACACCAGGAUUGUUUAGCCCACAAGCCAACGACAUUGAGCAAUUCAAAUCUGACAAGAUCCACUCAAACCCAUCCAGCACCCCAAGAGCAUACAAUAGUACAUACGGAUCGUCUUCUUCCCCCAUACAGUACCAUGAAGACGACGCAAACUACAGAGAUUUACAAAGUCAAAUGACAACAAUCCAAGAGGCAACUGAGAUUGUCAGCGAAACUGAUGAUAAAGCCAGUAUCACCUGGAAACAAGCUGAUGUGGACGAUUUAGAUGAUCUAGCUGCUAAAGCAGAUAGAUUGCAACUACAGACAAUGUGGGAUCCUUUGAAUGAUUCCAGUUUUAAUGAGGAUUCUAUAGCAUAUUCUGGCACUCCAGAAACGUCUCCGCUCCAAGAAGAAAUCAUGGAUGCCACGAUCAACAAUUCUAACUCAAGAAAUUGCUCGUAUGCCACGAGUAUAGAGUUUGAGGGUCAUUUGGUGAAUAAUCAGAAUAGUCAAGCUCUGACGCCGCCGGCAAAGUUAUUUCCUCCAGGAACUGGACCUUGUCGUAAAUGUAACUCAGAAAUUACAGGAAAAUCAAUUUGGUCGAAAGACUCACUUUUAUCGGGAAGGUGGCAUCGUCACUGCUUUGGAUGUUCAGUUUGCGAAACUCCUUUCAAGAAAUCAUCAUCUCAAUGCUAUGUCUUUGACGACAAACCUUACUGUUCAAGACAUUUUCAUGAACUGAAUGGAUCUGUCUGUCGUACUUGUGAUGAAGUAAUUGAAGGCCAAUGUCUUGAGAAUGAGGCAUUAGAAAAAUUUCAUCUGCAUUGUUUAGUGUGCUCUUUUUGCUCCGUGCGCAUUUAUGAUGAUUAUUUUGUCAUGGAUGGCCAAGCAUUAUGUGAAAAGCAUGGCUACGAGGCAAUGCAGCAGCAUCUUGAUAACCAGUUCUCGUUAACGAAACCUUUUUCACAGGUUAAGAAACGGAGAACUCAUGUGUCAUUCGUUUAG